AUGAACGAAAAUGUAAACCAGGGUAAACCUGAAUCUUAUUUGUUGAAAUACUUGAUAUGUAACAUUCCUUAAGCACAUUUACAAGAGAGCAGUAGAGACACGCGACAACUAGAAAGUAUUCAUUUACAAAAUGGCGCCAAAAUACACUCUUCACUACUUCGACUUACCAGCUCGUGGCGAGCCUAUUCGAAUGCUUUUCGCAGUUGCUGGUGUUGAGUAUGAAGAUAAGAGAUACGGCUUUACUGACGUUCCCUCGAUAAAAGAAAACGAUAAAUUGUUUCCCAUGGGACAACUUCCUUCCCUCGAGGUUGAUGAUGAGGUAAUUUGCCAAUCUCAUAGCAUUACGCGAUAUCUGGCAAAUGCGUAUGAUUUAUAUGGCUCCACCAAUCAAGAGAAAGCAAUUAUCGAUCAGGUGUUGGACACAUUGAAACACUCGCAAGAACAAUCAUUGGGCGCAUACUUCUGGAAAAACACGGAGGAGGAGAAGAACAAGCAAUUGGAAAAUCUAUUUGACAACUACCUUCCACGAGCAUUUAAAUUGCUGGAAACGUUUUUGAAGAAAAACAAUGAUGGAAAAAGUUUCUUGGUUGGAAACAAUUUGACACUGGGAGAUGUUAUGAUCGUCAACAGUAUCGAGACGCUGCAGUUGCCAUACAACUUAAAGAAAUACGAAAACUUUAUCGAUAAAUAUCCUGUACUUAAAAGUUACAAUGAAAGAGUGAGAAAUGCUGGCAAGUUGAAAGAAUACUUAGAAAAACGUGGUCCGCCCACGUAUAGUAGAUUGUUCACUCCUAAAUUUUAAGAUUUUAGAACACUUUUGUUUUUAGAAAAUUUUGUUAAAGAAAAAAUUUCUUCUUCCUACAGAAAGUGUCUUUUUAAUGGAAACACUAAAGAUGGGUGUAUAAGACACGUUGAAAACAACAACAGUAUUUUUAUAUGGAAAAUGUUAAGUACUAAACACGUACAGCCGAACAAUAAACAUGCCCCAAAAAAACAGGUACAGUUAACUCCCGGUAACUCGAACCUCUAUGGGACCGAGGAAAAUAGUUCAACUUAACGAAUGUUUGAGUUAAACGAAGCUUCUGUUAAGUCGAAUUUAGUCUAAAAUGAAAUUAUAGUUUGAGUUAAAGUUACCUGGAAGAGGUCCAUUGGCUAUGAAAAAGGCAUGCAAGUCCCUUGUAAAUUGAAUUUUCCUUUACAGACAACAUUAUCUAUCUGUAUUACAUUAAUAAAAAUUAAAAAAAUUUAAAAUCUGA